AAAUCUCUAAACCUAACAACUAAAAUAAAAUCCUAUUCAUCAUUUUCACUCUCCUUCUCGUCUCAUUUUAUCUCUUCUCAGGUGAAAUAUGGCAGGAAAAGGAGGGAAGGGGCUUUUGGCAGCGAAGACCACGGCGGCUAACAAAGACAAAGAUAAAGAUAAGAAGAGACCGAUUUCUCGGUCAUCCCGUGCUGGUAUUCAGUUUCCGGUGGGCCGUAUUCACCGUCACCUCAAAUCAAGGAUCUCUGCAAACGGUCGAGUUGGGGCAACAGCUGCCGUUUACUUAGCUUCAAUCCUCGAGUAUCUGACUGCUGAGGUUCUUGAGCUUGCUGGGAAUGCAAGCAAGGAUCUUAAGGUGAAAAGAAUUACUCCAAGGCACUUGCAGCUGGCCAUUAGAGGAGACGAGGAGCUGGACACCCUCAUCAAGGGGACCAUUGCUGGAGGUGGUGUGAUUCCUCACAUUCACAAGUCACUCAUAAACAAAACUGCCAAAGAAUGACUUCUUUCUCUGGCUCUGGAUGGUUUAUCACUGAAGAACACUUGGGUUUUAUUGUAUGUCUCUGUUCUCUAGGUAGGUUAAAACUUUAGACUUGGGUUUGUGUUAUUAUUACUAGUGUUUCUCUAGAAUAUCUUAGUAAAUAUGGAUUAACGUUUAGGUUUGUCCUCUGGAACCAAUAUCUCUGUUCAGGGUAGGUGUAUUGUUGUUUGCUUGAUUGCUCUAACUUUAGUUCCCUCGUUAUUUUAAUCCUACGUCUGCUUCUUAUGUGUUA